CUCAUUUUCUGGUUCAUGAAUGUGAACUCUUGCAAAGCCACAUAUCUAACUUCCCCUCUAUGGUUGACAAGCCCAAUCUCUGUGGAAAUUGUAUCACUCAGCUGACACGAAAAUGAAUGUUACUCAACAUCUAAUCGGAUUAACUCUUUUUACAUGUUGUGUAGUGCUCUUAUUAGACGCACAAUCUAUGCUCUACCCAACACCACAUUUUGCCCGGAUAACUACGGGGAAUAAUCCGAAGAAAAUUCCCCCGCCAGCAGGUACAGAUGCAGAUUAUUCACGCAAAGUAAGCGUGAGGGUUAGUGACGUCCUGACGCGACAGAAAGCUGCUGAGGCUGCAUCUUCAUAUCAGAUCAGUCCUACAGAUAUUACCACCCGGUCGUUCACACGUCCAGGCAGCUCAAGUGGUGUUGCGUCCAUCACACAGAAGGAGUCUGCAUUACCCAUGGCUCAGAUUGUUGUUCGACCUCAGAAUUCGCCUCCUGCUGGCGCGCUGGUCGUUCCGAUGGCAAAUACCCACAGUGUAAUCAAGGAUGAUCGCUCAUGGCCACCAGAGAAUUCGCAAGAAUUUGCUCGGGUAGAUGUUCGCGUUAUGGGUGAGCGAAUCGACAGUGUGGCUUUACUUCAUUUGCGACCCAGCUCAAACGCAGAAUCUAUUCGAAAAUUACGUAAAAUCCUCGGCUCUGACUUACAGUCUCAGUGGAUGUCCGUUGAUCCUCCUCCUAAGGACUCGGAGAGGACCAGUCGUUCUGUCGUCACAAUGUCCAUGCCACCACAAGACGACCGGCUACUGAAAGCAGCGGGCGAAUUAAACUUUACGGUAUUGCGUCCAUCGCCCGGUACCGAUAUGGUCGUCCCAGUUGAAAUGACGCACGAUCAGAUUGAACUUGUCAAAGCCUGGCUCGUGCAGCGUGCCAGCUGUCGCCUCGAUUACGUUUGGGAGGACCUGGGUCCGUUGUUUUGGCCGAGGUGGAUCAGAAGGGGAAUAUGCAUAAAUACUAUGGCUUGCUCAUGGCCCCCAGGAAUGCUCUGCCGUCCAAGUGGUUCCAGACAGCUGAAAUUAUUGCGCUGGGUUUGCAAAAACGAUUCGAACCCAACAGAUGACGAUUUGCAAAAACGAAGAAGGCGCCACGAAUAUCCGUUCUACUACAAACGUUACAAGCGUGAAGGGCAAUUACUAAGGCGACGUAUACCACGUGAGGAACGUCGUUCACGACGUGUCAGGCGUCUGAUUCGGAAGUUGAGUUUGACAGCUAAUGGAUACUACUGUGAAUGGAGUCGACACGAAUACGUGGUCAGUGACCAGUGCGCGUGUGGAUGUGAAUAAGGAACUUUGAAAUCAAAUAGGAAGUCUAUAAUAGUACGCCACUUGGUUAUUCACAAAUGAAUGGAAAAUCGAACUCAACAAUUCUCCGGAUGGUUGAUCAACAGCCGCAGUUAAUCGCUAAAAGUACUCUUCCAAGCAACAUAUUCAUCUUACUUCACAGUGAAUAAGUAUAAAUCAUGCUUUUGAACUUAAACGUGUACACACGUGUAUUCUACUCGAAAGUUUUGGAUAGAUUAUGCCAGGCAAUUCUAUCCGCCCUUCCCAUCUAUCAGCAUGGAAACUCCUAUUUUCAUCCGCUUCCGCCCAGUCAUGUCACCUCAUCAUUAUCUUCGACCAAUUCAUUAUUUCUAGGUCUUCUCACCCCACUGUUUAUAACUUCGAUAAAUAAAUUAUCCAGCUAUUUCUGAGCGACGGUACAGUCAGCGUUGCACUGCUUACCCUGUACUGCUUGCUUAUUCACCGACAUUUAGCACUGUGAAUGACGAACCGCAA